AUGGACCCUCCCCUCGCCGCGCCCCCCCCCCCGGCGAAAAAGAAGCGCGGCGGCAAGAAGAAGAAGCCCUUGAAAGACCACGGCGAGGCCUACGACGAUAACGAGCUCCUUUCUGAAGAGAUCACUGCUCUGUGUGCGAUUUUCCAAGAUGACUGCAAAGUCGUGUCGGGAUCACAGCCGCAGAUCAUCAUCAAGCUCCGGCCUCACUCUAAGACAUGGGCUACGAGGAUCUUGAUUGUCUCCGCACUCCUUCUAGUUAGGUGCUUACCAGGGUAUCCUAACAAGUGUCCUAUGUUGCAGAUAACUCCCGAGAAAGGAUUAUCUACAACUGAUGCUGAUAACCUACUGGCUCUUAUCAAUGAUCAGGCAAAUUCCAAUGCCCGAGAAGGACGGUUAAUGAUCUUCAAUUUGGUGGAGGCAGCACAGGAAUUCCUAUCUGAAAUUAGUCCACAAGUAUUUGAAAGUAACUUGCCGACAUUGCGCCAGGUUUUUGAGUCCUAUAGUCAUUUUGACAAAGAAUUAGCAUGGCAUUUGUUUCGUCAAACUGUUGAAGGCCUGGCACACAUACAUGGACAAGGAAUCAUCCAUCGGGACUUAACUCUGAAGAACAUAUUCUUUGAUGCACGUAAUGAUAUUAAAAUCGGGGAUUUCGGUUUGGCCAAGUUUUUAAAGUUGGAGCAGCUAGAUCAAGAUCCAAGUCCUGCUGAUACCACUGGAGUUUCUCUUGAUGGUACUGGUCAAGUUGGUCCAUAUUUUUACACAGCACCUGAAAUUGAGCAAGGGUGGCCAAAGAUUGAUGAAAAAGCUGAUAUGUACAGCUUGGGAAUUCUAUUUUUCGAGCUAUGGCACCCAUUUGGGACUGCAAUGGAAAGGCACCUUGUCCUAUCUGACUUGAAACAGAAGGGUGUCCUGCAUGCUGCUUGGGUCUCCGAAUUUCCGGAGCAAGCAUCCUUGUUGCGAAACCUAAUGUCCCCAAGUCCGUCAGACCGUCCGUCUGCUACAGAACUCAUAAAGCAUGCAUUUCCCCCACGAAUGGAAUCUGAGUUGCUCAACAAUAUUCUACGGACAAUGCAAACCUCAGAGGACAGAAAUGUAUAUGAUAAAGUUUUGAAUGCUAUAUUUGAUGAAGAGAUGCUAAGCUUGAAAGACCAGCAACAUCAUGAUGGUAGGUCAAGGUUGGCUGGUAGUGAUACUUCAGCAAUUCAGUAUGCAGAUUUAUAUACCGAGGCUCGUGAUUAUGUUGUUGAGAUCACAAGGGAGGUGUUCAGAAAACACUGUACUAAGCACCUUGAAGUAAUACCUAUUCGUCUGUUGGAUGAUUGCCCACAUUUUAUGAGUAACACUGUCAAACUUUUGACCCAUGGAGGAGACAUGCUUGAACUUUUGCAUGAGCUGCGCUUGCAUUUUGUUAGUUGGGUGAUUUCGAAUCAGAAACCUUCAUUCAAAAGAUAUGAAAUUUCAUGCGUCUACAGAAGACCAAUUGGACAUGCAUCCCCAAGUCGUUAUCUGCAGGGUGAUUUUGACAUUAUUGGAGGUGCUUCAGCAUUGACAGAAGCAGAAGCGAUCAAGGUGAUGCAUUGUUAUAUUUAUUUCUUCUGUGGUCUGUUGUCUGUAUUACAUGGUUGGAUAUAAUAAAUUUAAUCCAUAACUGUUUUGUUGGUACAUGUGUACACCCAUUUUAGAAGAUAGAAGAUCUCUUUGAUCUCCAAUGGAAAUAAUAAUAAGCUGUGAAGAAAUUUUAAUUAAGUAAUAAAUACUUUUCUGGUAGAUUGAAAGUCUGUUCAGGUAAGAUUAGGAGUGAUUAGUAAUUUUAAAAAUAGGUAGCAUCUGUAGUUUGUGCCCAAAUAGAUGAUCAACACUUUCAUCUAGCUACUAAGGGUCUAAGAGGGGUGUCAGGUCUCUCUUUAGGCCUUAGAUAUUGAUUAUUGUGAUAUGUGGUUGGCUGAAUUGAAAAAAGAAAGAAAGAAGCAUUACUAGUGAAAACAAGAAUAUGAGCAGCCUUUCAACAAAGCAAUGUGCAGAACUUGAACACAGCAUCUGUGUAGUAAUCUUUAAUGCUUAUGGUCCUACCACUGAAAUGGCAUGCCAGGAAACAUUCAGAUCAUAAAGUUCACAAUGUGUCAACAUGCAAUUUAGAAAUUCCAGAAAGAAGCAUUUACUUUGAGAGAAAUUUUUAGAUGAUAAUACCUUGAAAAUUCCAGAUUUUAUAGGAUAUACAAUCUUGGUGAGGGGCUGGUACAAUGAUGUUGGCGCUGUUGUAAUAUAGAGUUUUGAGUGACCUCAUGAGUAGGAAAACAACUUUUAAACUAUUAGGAUGAAAAUAAAACCUAAACUAAUAUAUACAUGUGAUCAACCAACUAAUACAUAAGCAAUCAUCAAACAAAUUACAUAAGAACAAAGCCAUCGAAAUCUAUUUUCAAUCAUGUUCAUGCCGUAGGUAUCAUAGUUCAUCUUAAGUUUGAUUAUGCAUCAAGUCCCUACUUGUUUCCUAAUACAUGGAUACAUUCGGCUCAACUACUUGUCUUGCUACGAAAUCUAACAUACCAAUUCAUCAUGCAAUUACGUAUCACAUAGAGAAAUCAAUAUGUUUAAGCACCUAUCCAAUGUCGAACUUAAGAUCAUAAUCGGUGGAAGAACAAAGAACAAACAACUAAUCAACUAGUAUCAAAAUCGUUUUCAACUUUGAAUGAUUAACAUAUGUAACAUCAACUACUUGUCUUAAUCACACAUGCAAUAUAAGAACACACCGAAAAUUAAUCAAGAACAUAAAUAGACAGAAACUCAUGGCAUAAAACCUAAAAUCAUUGAAUUAAAAUCGAAAACCUUAAUUCAUCAUGUCAUUCAAAAGUUACAAAUAUCUCAUAGGCAAAAAUAAAAAUAACUUUAAUAAAACCUAAACAUAAAUCAUUUAAGAACAAGAACAUAAAAACCCGAAAACUAAACUUGAAGAUCAUAGAGUUACACUUUAUAAUAAUUCUCCUCCCAACAUUUCUUACAAAUGUAGCACAAAAUCUUCAAGAGUAUGGUAUUCUAGGCUCCCAAGCUUUGGACAGAAAAUAUGGUGAAAGGUGGUGAAUUCAGAUUCUAUGGUUCUUGGUGAAUGAAAGUGUUUGGGCAGAGCAUUGGUUAUACUUGUGUGCAAGGUUGAUGAUAUUUUUGUGUGGAAAUGAGGUGCUAUAUAGAGGUAGAAACCCAAGGGAGGCAGGCCACAAAGUCCACAAAGUUGAA